CAAGGCUUAGAAAUAAUCAUAGCAUUUGAUUCUUUAGAUAAGCUUGAAAACAAUCAUGCUGAUUCUUUAGACAAGGCCUGGAAUAAUCAUGCUAUUCGAUUCUUUAGACAAGGCUUAGAAAUAAUCAUACCAUUCGAUUCUUUUGUAAUUCGCUUUGGUCAAGUAACUGGAUAUGGACUAAUAGAAGAAUAG